AUGGUGUCGACAGCAGCGACUCGUCCUGUCUCUCUGCUGGUGCGCUUCAUGCAAUGGUCCAGCGCCGUCAUCGUCAUGGGCAUCACGUCCUACUUCAUCCACAAGUGGCCCCAUACACAGCACACCAUCUACUGGGAAGUCAUCUCGACGCUGUCCGUUGUCUUUUUCCUGCCCGCCUUCCUUUCUCCCUUCAUGCCGACUCGCCUGAGCAAGUUCGUCUUGCCGAUUGACAUCAUCUUCUCCUACCUGUGGUUGACCGCGUUCAUCUUCUCUGCGCAAGACUACAACUGGCACAACUGCGCUGCCAAUGCUCCCCCCGGUGCUAGCUGUUCGCUCAAGAAGGCUAAUGAGGCGUUCAUCUUCCUCGCCUUCAUCUUCACCUUCUUCGCUAUCGGACUUGAAGUGAUGAACCUCUGGGCCGCACGCGUUGAGACUCCCCUCCACGAGAAGCAUCAUGAUGGCCGCCGUGCUCCUCUCGAUGCCCCUGCUGCCAACCCAUAA